AUUCCUUCUUAGCGAAAGGCUCUGCCACUCUGGGUGAAUUGAAGGACCUCUGCAAGGAAGGGAAAGAACAUCCUUCCAAGCUCUUGCAGCUCUAUACACAGGCACUCUUAGACAUAACGUAUUUUGAGGAAAACCAGCUUGUGGAUGAAGAUUUUCCAGAAGAAUCUUCCUUGCAAAAAGUAAAAGAACUUAUUUGUAUUCUUUCAGAGCCAGAAGACCUAGUAAGGGAGUGCAACAUAAAUGAAGAACCCAUCAACAUCCUUGGUGCAGAGCUGUUAGAAUGUCUUUAUUGGAGAAAAGGAGCCCUGCUUUAUAUGUAUUGUCAUACAGCAAAAGAAAGGAGUGAAUGGCUACAAGAAAAUAUUGCCAUGUUUAAAAAGUGUCUUAAUGAUGGAGUUCAUUACUUGAUGAAGAUGCUUAGCUUUAGGUGCCCUGUCCAGCUAAAUGAAGAUGUAUUGCUUCAAGAUAACGACACAGCUAAAUUACUCAGUGAAGGCGUAUUUAGUGACACUCAUUUGCUGGCAAUGAUGUACAGUGGAGAAAUGUGCUACUGGGGACUGCAACAGUGCGGAGAAGGGGAGCAGGAGAGCUUUGAGACAGUAGGUUCCGUCUCUAUCAGCUGCAGAUCACGGAGUGCUUCGCUGGAUUUCAGAGAAACGGGCAAGAAUGUGUUAACAAAGUAUGUGACUGUGUGCGAGGGACCUUUAAAAGGCCAAGGGUGGAACACGACAGCUGCAAAACAAAUGCUGCGUCACUUCUUGAAAGCCCGCGACUGA